GUGAUCGAACCAGAAGAACUUCAUAAAUACAAUGUUUCAUUCCCACAUACUUCUCAUUGUCUGGCUGACGGUAACAUCAUGGUCAGCACUCUCGGUGAUGCGGAAGGCAACAAUAAAGGCAACUUUCUCUUACUUGAUGGUAAGACAUUUGAGCCAAAAGGUUGUUGGCUGCAAGAAGAGAAAAGCCUACCCUUCAAUUAUGAUUACUGGUACCAACCACGUCGUGAUGUGAUGAUCUCAUCGGAAUGGGGAGCUCCAAAUGUGAUCAAGAAAGGCUUUAACCCGGAACAUGUGGUAGAAGGUAGUUAUGGUCAUUCUCUUCAUGUAUUCAAAUGGUCUACUCAUGAGAAGCUGCAAACUAUUGAACUACCCAUGGGCAACGGAGCGCUUCCAUUAGAAGUGAGAUUCAAACACGAUCCAACUAGCCCUUAUGCAUUUGUGGGCAGCGCUCUAGGCUCAAGCAUUUUUUUACUAAAACCGGAAACAGAGGGUUCCAACUCAUCUUAUGUGGCUGAAUGUGCUGUGCGAAUCCCUCCAAAGCAGGUGUGGCAGAUUCUCGAUUUUCAAACUACUACUUGGCCCGAUCUGUCUUUUUCCUCACAUCAUAAUUCUAUAGAAGCUCCGUAA